CCGGUGCCAUGGCUAGCAAGGACACCACCAGCAAAAACAGAAAAGGAGGCGGAAAGGGAUCGAAGAAGGCCUUCGGACCGCCGGGAAACCAACCCCUGGCCCCGGUCCAACCCGGCCCGCCUCGAGAGGGGCCCCGUGGAGAUGCCUCUCCCGGGAAGGAUGCGGCCUUGGAUCGGGCCCGGGCCGGGCAGCCGGAGAAGAAGGAGGAGGGGAAGAUGGCCAAGGACCAGGGCCCGGGCGGGCACUCGGCCCAGGGGAAGAAGGCCGGUAAAGAGCCGGAGGAGAAACUAGCCGAGCCGGAGAAGAAGCUAGCCGAGCCGGAGAAGAAGCUAGCCAAGCCGGAGAAGAAGCUAGCCGAGCCAAAGGUGAAGGAGAAAAAGAGGCUGAGCGACGCUGAGUUUGAGGAGAUUUUCCAGAGCGUCCUGCAGACAUCCCUGCAGGAAUAUCUGGAGACGUCCAAGAGGGACACAGAGCUCGAGGGAGGCCCUGAGAAGACCAAAGAACCGAGGGCGGUGAUUGCCGCUUCUGCCGCUAAGGCUGCUGCUGCUCCCGGGAGUGAUGGAGAUGAUGAUGAAAGAGAGAUGCCAAGGACGCCGCCUCCUCCGGAGUCGUGCCUCCCCCAGGGAGCCAAAGACUCCCGCCACCUGCGCUCCUUUGAGCCGGAGCCGCCGAACUCUGCGACCGCAGGAGGAAAAGCCAAUCAAGCCUCCUCGGACGAGAAGAAGAAGGACACGGAAGACGGGAGCACCGCGCCGGCCAAACCGGAGCAUAAGCCCAGCCGGAGGGGUCGGUCGAAAAAGACCGAUCAGGACUACACCGAAGUCAGCAACCAGGAGGUGGCCAACUUUGUACCGCGAAGGAGUUUCAGUCAUUCCGUGGCCUGGGUCCAAUGCUCCUUCCGGAACUGCGAGAAGUGGAGGCGCCUCCUCGGGGAUAUCGACCCCUCGGGCCUACCGGAUGACUGGGAGUGCAGCCAGAAUUCUGACCUGAAGUACAAUCGCUGCGACAUCCCCGAGGAGUUGUGGACGGGAUCUGAGAGCGACGUGGUCUACGCCUCCUACAUUCCGGGCUCCCUCGUCUGGGCCAAGCAGUGUGGCUACCCCUGGUGGCCUGGGAUGGUGGAACUGGACCCCGACCUGGGCGAGUAUUUCAUGUUCCACUUGCCGAUGGACUCCCUGCCCUCCAAGUACCACGUGACAUUUCUCGGGGAGGUGGCCUCCCGCGCCUGGAUUUCUGUCCACAAGCUGAAGAACUUCCAGGAUCUCUCUCUGGACCAGAUUGACCUGCAAACGACUCAGAACAAGGCCUGCGGCCAGAUGCUGCUAGCGGCCCUGAAGAUGGCCCAGGAGGCUGAACCGCUGGGCGUUCAGGAGCGAAUUAGCCUGUUUGGCUUCUCCAUCCGCUACAGCAGGACCGAGGCCCAGGAUCCCCAGGAGGAAGGGAAGCAAGAUGAGCACCCCAAAGCAAAGGAGGAGGACGAACCUCACGUGAUGGAGGAGGAGGAGGAGGAGCCGGAGGUGGAGGAAGACAAAGAGGAAGAGAAAAGAGACCUGACUCAGCCCAAGCCGGCCAAGAUCCCCAAGAAGGAGCCAAAAGCCCAAGCUGUAGGGAAGAAAAACUACAAGCCCCCGCUGGGAGUCCAAGCUGCGGCCACCCCCAAGGCUACGGCGGGCAAGAGAGGCGGAGGGAACCGUCAAACUGACCUUUUGGGUGUCAAGAAAGCCUUCAGCGUUCAGGCCCCCCGCCUGCCCGCAGAAGGGAGAGGUGGGGUCUCCAGCGGCCGGGCCUCCGCCGGGGCCUCAAGAGAGAGGAGGGCCGAGGCCCCGAAGGGCCCCGGGAGCCCCCUCCCCAGCAACAAAUCCCCCAGCGACGACGUGGAUCUGGAGCAGGUGAUGGAGGAAGUGGUCGACCCGACGGGGGAGCUUCUGGAGGAGGAGGAAGAGGAAGAAGAAGGGGAAGAGUUCUCCCUGGUUUUGCUUGAGGAGUAAGGGUCCUCCCUCUCCGUACCCAGAUCCCGACACUUCUCUCUUCAGACCCCUUGUUGGGGGCGGGGGUUGGGGGGCGGAUUGUCUCAGCAAUUCAGACACAUUAUGGGGCUAUGAAUUUUGGCUGUUUGGGUCGGAGCAGAAUUGGGCCAAUAAAGUGAGUUUCAGGUUUAA